AUGCUUCUUUGUGGGAUAAUUGAAGAGCUGGAACAAAGCGAUCCGCGUCCGCUGUGCUACUUUUUCUGCCAAGCUACAGUGCCAGCGUUGGAUAACGCAACGUCCGUCCUUCGGUCCCUAGUUCUUCAACUGGCUCAGAAGUAUCCCUGGCUCCGAAACCAGGUCUUGGCUGUGUAUGAGAAGGGUGGCAAAGCUCGUUUCAAUGAUCACAACGCCUGGGGCACUAUGUAUGAGCUGCUCAAUUCUAUGCUCAGCGACCCACAAUUGGAUGGCGUUUUGUUGAUCGUGGAUGCGCUCGACGAAUGCACGACAGAUCGUCCCAAGCUGCUUCAGUUCAUCAAGAAUCUCUCGACAAUUUCUCGCGCUAAAGUCAUUAUCUCGAGUCGAAAGUGGACCGAAAUUGGCGAGAUGCUCGGCGAGGACGAUACAAACGGGUCUACUAUCACCCUCGAAUUACACGACGAUCUCAUCUCCAAAGCGGUCCACUCGUAUAUUAACCGAGAAGUUCAACAGCUGGCUAGCCGCAAAAGGUUCAACGAAAUUACCUGCUCAGAGAUUCGAUUGUACUUGAGAAAGCAAUCGCAGGAUACGUUCCUUUGGGUCUCUUUGGUUUGUCAAGCUCUUCUUGAUGGUAGCGUCAAAAAGCGUAACGUUAUGAAGGUGCUUGAAACAUUUCCGCCUGGACUCGAUGCAUUUUACGAGCGCAUGAUCAGUUCACUGCCCUCUCUAGACGAAGACCUGUAUAAAGAGAUACUGUCUGUCAUGUCAAUCCUCAAACGACCAGUUACGAUUGAGGAACUUCUUCCUCUCCUUCAGUCACACUUCAGUAAUGAUACGGAAUCUUUGGAGGAAGCGAUUGAAUCAUGUGGGUCUUUCUUGAAGAUCCAAGCAGAAAGGAUCUACUUUGUGCAUCAGUCGGCUGUGGAAUUUUUGAAAAGCAGUGCUUCAAACCUUCCCACUGUUGUAGAGCGACACAAGUCCGUUUUUCAGAGGUCUAUGGACGUCCUCAACAGACCUGGACAUUUGAAACGAGACAUUUACGGUUUAAAAGAGCCCGGUACAGGCAUAGCGGAAAUUCAUACGCCAGAGCCCGAUCCUUUGUGUGCUUUGCAGUACUUCUGCACCUAUUGGGUUGACCACUUGACUGAUUGGGUCUGUGAACAACGGGUAGCAAUGGGAAAGCCAACGCCACAAGAGAACAGUGUCAUUUCCGAGGUCGACACCUUCCUCAGGGGAAAGUUUCUCAAUUGGAUAGAGGCACUAAGCCUCCUCCGCCAGAUGCAACAGGCAAUACAAGCCAUCCAAAAGCUUCAGGGUCUCCCGAACUCAAUCGAACAAGGCCUAUCAGCUUUUAUUCAUGACGCGAAUCGAUUUCUACUCUAUCACAAAGUGAUGAUUGAAAACGCCCCAUUACAACUCUAUGCUUCGGCUCUAUUAUUUAGCCCUGACCAAAGCGUUGUGAAAGUACAGUUUCGGGACGAGGCGCCUGACUGGGUUACAAUUACGCCUGGCCUGGAAACCAGAUGGAGUGCGUGUUUGCAGACGUUAGACUAUAAUGUGGAGCGUGAAUAUGGCGCUUGCUGCGUGGCCUACUCCUCCGACGGGGAGUGGCUUGUCACUCGAUAUGUCGACGGGACUGUGAAGCUUUGGCAUGCGAAGAGCGGCACCUGCACUCACACAGUCCAUAUCGGUAUCCACGGCGAGGAGGAUGAACAACACAGCGGUAGCAAGGGAUCAAAGUUGGUGGCUUUUUCAGCAGACGGCAAAUCAGUUGUAUCAAGCUCCUGGAAUGGUUUCGUAAAGGUCUGGGAUAGGGACACAGGCCGUUGCACCCACCAGCUUGAACCACAUUCACGUAGGGCCACCGCAACUGCCAUCUCGUCGGAUGGGUACACGGUUGCAUCUGCUUUUUGGAACUAUAUCAUCAUUCAGAGUACGAAGGGAGAAUUUCCUGCACGCACCGUCGAGCGUCAUCCUGGACGUGGUGAAGCUCACUCCAUAGCGUUGAGCGCAGAUGGUCGUUGGAUCGCUUUAGGUUCAAUAAAUCAUCUAAUCGAGAUUUUCGAUGUAUCGACAGGGGAUGGACAACAGAUAUCAACGGAUGAUAGGAUAUUUACUGUAGCUUGGUCGCCGGAUGGAGCCUGGGUUGCGUCAGGUGGUCUGAGAGGGAUAUGCUCCAUCGUACGGAUCUGGGAAAGACAAACUGGCAAGAUAAUUCGGAGAUUCAAGUAUGAGAUACCAAGUAAACCAGGGUACGGAGACUAUCCCAACUACAUGGACUUUUCGGCCGACAAAAGGUUUCUAGCAGCUGGCUCUCGAUACGACAUAUGCGUGUGGAACACGUCGACUGGUGCUUUGACGUGGGCGAUGUACGGUUCCAACACACGCAACAUCAACUCAAUAUCUUUUUCCCCAGACGCUCAGCGAAUCGUAUCGGCGUCCUAUCCAUCAACGAUCGAUGUCUGGGACUUAUCAAUAACGGCAGACUCCAUACCCCACUGGCCAAUUCCAGGCAUGGAACAACUGAUCUUUGCUGACAACGAUCGAUUCCUUGCACAUGACCUCCGCAUGGAUAAAAUCAGACUUUGGGACAGACGAGCCGAUAUGCCAGAGUCAACAGAAGUCAUUCCCGGUGUGGAUGGAUCGAGUAUCAUAUGGUUAAGAGACGCACGAGAGCCAGUACGAAUGUACUUUACAGAGUAA